UUGCAUUUGUUUCCAGUGCUUUUGUUGCUCUGCUUUGGGUGUGAUGGAAAACGCAGAUGGGAUUACGAACCCAUCUCGGUGGAUCCGAAUACAUCGGAUUCAAAUAAGCUUGAUAUUGAUAUACGGGUUAAGAGGAUGCCUCGAGGUGAAUUUGCUUAUGAUGGAUAUAUUAACUUUAACUAUGACGUAACUGAUGAUACAAUGAUUGAGGCCGUGGCUUUUCGCAGCACUUCGGGCAGAGAUGAGGAUUACACUCCACUGCCUUGGACCAUUCCAAAGCAGCCAUUUAGCAAGUUUAUUGAAGACUUUUACAAAGACAUGAUAUAUGAGAAUUUAUACAGCUGCUCGAAUCUACCAGAACCGGAUAAGGUGCUUCCAUUUCAAAGGGGAAACUUGACAUUAAAGGAGUGUGUUGUCGAGGGAAAAGGAAUGCCUGAAAUGGCACCACAAGGCUACUAUAAAAUAAUUUUGAAAACUACCGGAGAGGUCGAAUGGGGCUUUGUGUCUGUUGCUAGGUUAUUCGAUAAAUUUAUGCCCUAAAAGGAGUAUAUUUAUCGCAAUCU